GCAGAUCUAUCGUUGCUGAGGUUCAUCAGUGGUGAGCUAACAAGAGGUUACUUCCUUGAACAUAAUGAAGCAAAGUACACAGAACGGAGAGAGAGAGUAUAUACGUGUAUGCGAAUACCGAGAGAAUUGGAAAAGCUGAUGUUUUUUGGAAUCUUUUUGUGCCUGGAUGCUUUUCUCUAUGUGUUCACCCUGCUUCCUCUGAGAGUUUUUUUGGCAAUGUUCCGGUUCAUCACUCUGCCUUGCUAUGGCUUACGCCCUCACAGAGGCCUAAGAAUCAGUGAUAGGCGUUUGCUGCAGCCUGCUCAGGUAUGUGACAUUUUCAAAGGAGUUAUAUUGGUCAUCUGCUACUUCAUGAUGCACUAUGUUGACUACUCUAUGAUGUACCAUCUGAUAAGAGGACAGUCUGUCAUAAAGCUAUACAUCAUCUACAACAUGCUAGAGGUGGCUGAUCGUCUGUUUUCCUCCUUUGGACAAGAUAUUUUGGAUGCUCUUUACUGGACGGCUACAGAACCUAAAGAGAGAAAAAGAGCUCAUAUAGGUGUGAUUCCUCACUUCUUCAUGGCAGUGCUGUAUGUCUUCUUGCAUGCCAUUCUUAUAAUGGUGCAAGCAACUACCCUUAAUGUAGCUUUCAACUCCCACAAUAAGUCACUGCUUACUAUCAUGAUGUCUAAUAAUUUUGUUGAAAUAAAAGGAAGUGUUUUCAAGAAAUUUGAGAAGAACAAUCUUUUUCAAAUGUCAAAUAGUGAUAUAAAGGAAAGAUUCACCAACUAUGUAUUAUUACUAAUAGUGUGUCUAAGAAACAUGGAACAGUUCUCAUGGAAUCCAGAUCACCUUUGGGUGUUGUUGCCAGAUGUUUGCAUGGUGAUUGGAUCAGAAAUUGCAGUAGAUAUUGUGAAACAUGCCUUUAUAACAAAAUUUAAUGACAUCACAGCAGAUGUCUACAGUGAGUACAGGGCAAGCCUUGCUUUUGACCUUGUUAGCAGUCGACAGAAAAAUGCAUACACAGAUUAUAGUGAUUCUGUUUCCAGGAGAAUGGGGUUUAUUCCUCUCCCAUUGGCUGUUUUACUCAUCAGAGUCGUAACAAGCUCAAUAAAAGUCCAGGGUGUCUUGGCUUAUGCCUGCGUUGUGCUCUUCUAUUGUGGAUUAAUAUCACUCAAAGUGCUUAAUAGCAUUGUGUUACUGGGAAAAUCAUGUCAAUAUGUAAAGGAGGCAAAAAUGGAAGAGAAAUUGUUCAACCCACCCCCAGCUAGCACCCCAGGCAAACCACUCAGUAAACCCCAAGGCAAAUUUAAAUCUACUCAAGGAAUUUCUACAGACGAAAGUUUAUCUACAUCAGUUACCAAUCAGCCUGUACAUCAGAAAGAAAAUACUACAUCUUUACUUGUGACAAGCAAUUCUGAUCAAUUCCUGACAACUCCUGAUGGAGAAGAAAAAGAUAUAAGCCAAGACAGUUCAGAAUUGAAACAUAGAUCUUCAAAGAAAGAUUUGUUGGAGAUAGACAGGUUUACCAUUUGUGGAAACAGAAUUGACUAGAUUUUAUGGAUAGAUGUUCUAAGGAUACUGAGCGACUGGGGCUGCAGAUGCUACCAGACUAUGGACAGUUGCCAAAAAAGGCACUUAAAUAUUUAUUAAAAAACUUAAAUUAUUAAUGGCAAACAGAUAGUAAUUUCUUUCUGCACGUAACCUGGCUUGGUAGCUGGGUCAGAUCAAGUAACAAAUAUUUAACUUGGCUCUGUGGAAAAUGUGAUGGAUCAUGAGAGCCUCUUGUCAAUUUGACAGUUACAGUAUCCCUUUCCUGGAUAUAGACUGAAAAAAAUCAAAAUCCCAUUUGCAUUGUGACAUUGUGCUUCCAGAACGUAUCACUUUUCUUGAAGGUCUCUCCAGUAUAAGGAUACACCAAGAAAUGUAUGACAGCUCUAACAGGAAGCUUAUCUUUCCAGUCAUGUUAUUUUCAUAAACAGCUGCAAACAGUAUACUUAAAAGCCAAUGCAUAAAGCAGCACUGGCAGAUUAAACAGUAAGUCAAGAUAAUUAUUCUUGUCACCGGAAAAAUCUUUGAAGAUGUAUCUGAACUAAUCAGAAUAAAAUACUAUCUUUAAAUUAAGAGACCUCUACUGCAUAGCAUUUUAUAUAAAUACUAAACCAGUGAGGAAAAUGGAUCACAAAUAUAAAAAAAGAGUGAAGGUUCUGCAUAACUGAGCAAACAGUAUUAUCAUUUUUCUGUUCAAUUAUGGUGUGUUCUGCAAAGCAAACUCCAUAUGUUUUAUAAACGUUAUACAAAGGCUUUUAUAUAAGCUGAGGGUUUUUGUUGCACUUAAGAAAUGUUUCAAAGUGGCAUGUCAUUAUAUGAAGGAAAGGCAGUGUUAAUUUUGCAGCAACUUCUGCUGCUGUUGCACUGGAGCUAUCUGGAAUUAGUACAGAAGAUCUACACUGCCUUUUGGUUUAAACUGUUUGAUAAAAAUGUCAUCUAUGUAUUAACUUGGCUGGAAAAAUGCCAAUAGAUAUAGUUGUACGGAAAAUCAGACAUGCCCAUUCUAACUGAGGAAUUUUAAGCAAAAUUAAAUAGAUUUGAAUAGCUUUUGUUAUGAAGUGCUUAAAUGCAUCUUAAUUUCUGGUGUGGGGGCAGGGUUGGGGGAUAAAAUCUAGAACACAUUUUAUCCUUAAAUUAAGAAAGAAUUACGUUUCGGCUCAACAACUAAGCUAGAGAACAGCAUCCCAAGACAAUCUUUAUCUUGUAAUGAAACAUGCAUACAUUAUUAAAAUGCAACAUUAACAUCUCCUCACAAAUCUUUCAAAGAUUUAAGUAAAUUCCAGUUAAAUUAUAGCGACUGGGAUUUAUUUUGUUUUUUGGAAACUGCAAAUAUUUCAGUACUGGGCAAAUGACAGAAGUGGUCUAAUUUUAGAAUUGUCACAGAGUGGAAAAGCCAGAGUUUAAGGGCUGGUUUAUGAAAAGGACGUGGAAGUUCAGAAUAUGUGCUACUUCCUAAAACCUGUAUUACUAUGACAGUGUGGAGAUGAAUGUACAGGAAUGUUAUGAGGCUGAGCAGAAGUUGCAGUGCAAGGUGGGUUUAUCAUACAGGGCAACUUUCUCUGCUUUAAAAGGAGCUGGUUGCUACACUCUCCAUCUUUUGCUCCCACCAACAGCACCUGGAAUAAUGGCCAAAAGCACUGGAGACUAUUCGGGGAGGAUUGUAUGGGGGAAUAAACUAAAAUUCUUUUAUUUUGGAUGUAUUUUAUAUUCAUUGAGCAAUUUAAACAUUAAACUUAAAUUCAGAUUAUCUGUGAAUUUGGUGUAACAUUUUUUUCAGUUAUUUAGCAGUUGCUAAAGGAAGCUUGGAAUUUAUUUUCUUUUCUUCUGUUAAAUGACAGUCUGUACCAAUUUUAUAAGUUCAUCUUGUGUGAAACUCAAUAAAAUUCAAUUUUGUAAUCUUUGUUUAAAAAAGGAAAAGAAUAGACUGGAUUUCUUUGUUAAUGUUGCUGGCUUUGGGUAAUGUGACAUCUACCUGUUAGUUCUGGUUUAUUCUGAAGGACUAACAUUUUCAAGCAAACGACAAGCAACCCACAGUACAACUGAUUUUAAUAUCUUGUGUUCAUGACAUUGCUUUUAAUGGCAACAAACUUUCACCUAUGGAAGAAAAGCUAGAGGAAAUGCUGAAGCCUGAUUACUGUAGCUGUUUAGAGACAAUCACUUGACAUUUACUCGGCUUAGAAAAAAUAGGUUUUUGCUUCAUGUGUCCUGAAAUCGUAUUAAUUGUCAUGGUUUUAUUCUUGUGUGUUGCGUUUUUUCUCCCCUCGUACGUGACAGACCCACACAAACAAAUGGAUCUAACCACAUAUACAAAGUGUCAAGUGCAAAAAGUAAACAAAAAUACCAUUUUCCCCAACUCUUAAUUGAAAAAAAUCUUUUAUGCAAUAAUAGAAUUUUAAAAAAUUCAUAUAGAAUGACAGAUUGAAGAUAUAUGCCAGUUUAAUAAACCUACCAACCUGUGAU